CGCGUCUUGAAAUGCAGCCUUCUUCCAGCCGACUACCCACGCAGAUACUUCCUACCGCCUCGGUAGGUAAGUGUCGAGACGUGGCGCCUUUAUACGCCUUGCGGAGCCCACGGCUGCACCCACGAAGCAUCCAUCAGUAGCCGACACUGACCUUGUCUGCCGGCUAGGCGCGCGACAAGUUGAGAAAGAAAAGGAACUAGGAGCACGAAAACCGGAACACAGAAACCAGAGCACUCGCGAAAAGGAACCGCAGCAACCAUGGAGUCCUCACGAGGCCCGCCCCAGGUCAAGAACAAGGCGGCUGCGCCGGUGCAGAUCUCGGCCGAACAGCUGCUCCGCGAGGCGGUGGACCGGCAGGAGGUGGCGCUACAGAAGCCGACGCAGCGGUUCGAGGACCUUGAGGAGCUGCACGAGUACCAAGGCCGCAAGCGGCGCGAGUUCGAGGACUACUGCCGGCGGUCGCGCAUCAGCCUCAAGAACUGGCUGCAGUACUCGGCGUGGGAGCUGGAGCAGAAGGAGUACGACCGCGCACGCAGCAUCUUCGAGCGCGCCCUCAACAUCCACGCCAACAACGUCACGCUCUGGAUCCGCUACGUCGAGGCCGAGCUCAAGGGCCGCAACAUCAACUUUGCCCGCAACGUGCUCGACCGCGCCGUCACCCACCUCCCGCGCAUCGACAAGCUGUGGUACAAGUAUGUCUGGGUCGAGGAGAUGCUGGGCAACGUGCCCGGCACCCGCCAGGUCUUUGACCGCUGGAUGGCCUGGAACCCGGACGAGGCCGCCUGGUCCUCCUACAUCAAGCUCGAGAAGCGCUACGGCGAGCACGACCGCGCCCGCGCCAUCUUCGAGCGUUUCACCCGCGUCCACCCGGAGCCGCGCAACUGGAUCAGAUGGGCCAAGUUCGAGGAGGAGGUCGGCACCAGCGACCGCGUCCGCGCCGUCUUCGAGCGCGCCAUCGACGAGCUGGCCCGCUACGGCGACGAGUUUGUCGAGGAGCGCCUCUUCAUCGCCUACGCCCGCUACGAGGCCAAGCUGCGCGACCUCGACCGCGCCCGCGCCAUCUACCGCUUCGGCCUCGACAACCUGCCCCGCUCCAGGUCCGCCCUGCUGCACAAGGAGUACACCACCUUUGAGAAGCAGUUUGGCGACCGCGAGGGCGUCGAGGACGUGGUCCUGUCCAAGCGCCGCCGCCACUACGAGGAGCUGGUCAAGGAGAACCCGAAAAACUACGACGUGUGGUUCGACUACGCCCGUCUCGAGGAGGCCUCGGGUGACGCGGGCCGCACCCGCGAAGUCUACGAGAAGGCCGUGGCCCAGGUGCCGCCGACGCAGGCCAAGCGCCACUGGCGCCGGUACAUCUACCUCUGGAUCUUCUUCGCGCUCUGGGAAGAGACGGAGGCGCGCAACCCGGAGCGCGCGCGGCAGGUAUACGACACGUGUCUGCAGCUCAUCCCGCACCGCGCCUUCACCUUCGCCAAGGUCUGGCUGCACAAGGCACACUUCGAGGUCCGCCAGGGCGAGCUGGGGACGGCGCGCAAGACGCUGGGCCGGGCCAUCGGCAUGUGCCCCAAAGACAGACUGUUCCGCGGCUACAUUGAGCUCGAGCAGAAGCUGUACGAGUUUGGCCGCUGCCGCAUCCUGUAUGAGAAGCACAUCGCCUUCAACCCGGCCAACUGCAGCACCUGGGUCAAGUGGUCCGAGCUCGAGCGCGGCCUCGACGACCUGGACCGGGCCCGGGCCAUCCUCGACAUGGGCAUCGCCCAGCCCGUGCUCGACAUGCCCGAGAUCGUGUGGAAGUCGUACAUCGACUUUGAGGAGGAGGAGGGCGAGUACGACAAGACGCGCACCCUGUACGAGCGCCUGCUGGACAAGACGGACCACCCCAAGGUCUGGAUCAGCUAUGCGCAGUUCGAGAUCAACGUGCCCGACCCCUCUGGAGAGGAGCAAAAUGAGGCCGAGCAGGGAGUGGAGGAGGAGGACGACGACCGGCCCGUCAGCGACGAGGCCAAGGCGCGCGCGCGCCGCGUCUUUGAGCGGGCGCACAAGGGCUUCAAGGACAAGGACAUGAAGGCCGAGCGCGUCGCCAUCCUGACGGCCUGGCUGUCGUUUGAGCGGACGCACGGGUCGGCCGCCGACGUCGACAGGAUGCAAGGGCAGAUGCCGCGCAAGACGAGGAAGAAGCGCAAGCUCGAGGACGGCACCGAGGAGGAGUUCUUCGACUACGUCUUCCCGGCCGACUACGAGGACAAGCAGAAGAAGCUCGACUUUUUGAGCAAGGCCAGGAUGUUCAAAAAGGCAGAGGCAGAGGCGCCGGCGCCGGCACCGGCGGCACCGGCGCCCGAGCCGAGCGGCAACGACAGCGGCAGCGACAGCGGCAGUGGGGAGGAGUAGCGUCGGCUUCGGAAAAAGAAAAAAAAGAGAAAAAAAGACACG